CAGAUGUCAAGCAAACAAUGAUACCUAACCUUAAAAAUUCACAAAUUUUAUUAAGAAAAUAAUGGAUACAAAUGAAGCCCGCAAAAAUUUAGAGGUGUGUUUAGGUGACGAUUUGAAGAAAGAAUACUUUGCAUUACUUCGACAGUGGUUCUCAUUCAGUGUUCCCUUAACUAAAGAAGAAUUCGAUAGAAAUGUAAGAAGGUUGCUUGUGAACGAGGAACAGAUACGCUGUCAUAACUAUUUCCUCUUAGCUAUGCUUUCAAAGAAUAGCACAAAUCAUAGACCAAAAAGUGUGAGAACUACUAAUGACAAGGGCAUUUUUGAAUGUGCUGAUUUUUCUGAAUAUGUGCAGCCAUCCAGUCCCUCAAUGUUGCCUCCGUCUGAUUUUGAAAACAGAAGUGCGGCGGCAGAACUAUUCAUACCCGAUAGUAGUUUCGUCUCUAGUAGAAUAGCAGUGAUGGCUUGGGAGAAUGGUUUAGAAGGAGCCGAUGACAGUGUAACUGAACUUAUUGUUCAUGCUUGUCAAGUGUUUGUGAAAAAUAUUGUUACGGCAAUGAUAUCAAAAUGCAAAGGGUAUAAAAUAAGAAAUAGGAAGUUUCAAUACGGAUUUAAUCAUCCCAUACCUGAUCCAUUUAUUAGGAAUUUUAAUAACGUUACUGAUGAUACUCAGGAAUCAAAGGUAGAAGUCGUAAAUGCAGACGACAAUUUUAAGCCUAAGUGCAAAAUGUCUUUGGAAAAUGCGGAACAGCAAAUGGCUUUCACAUAUUCUUGUGCAAAGAAGAAGAAAUGUGAGAAUGUUUUGUCUGUGAAACUUUUGUACGACACUAUUAGAGAAAAUCCGACGAUAUUAGGCUUACAUUCGAUACAUAGCGUAAAUCUCUUCAAGCUUGGUUUACAACUAAAUGAAGAGGAUGAAUUUUAAAAUAAUGUUUU